GCAAUACUGAACACGUGACACGUGCAGACAAGAGUUCCCGCUGUAGUAGACGUUUAAACCGUUGUGAUGUAUAUGGUAUACACCUGCCAGGUAGUUAGCUAGCUUAGCAUAUUGAAGAAUAAAACACUGAACCUAGAGAUGAAGAAAUGUACAGUAGUAAAUCUGGACAAGUUUAUUGAUCAUUUCACUCAUCUGGAACAGGUAACUUUAACAAAGUAGGAGGACAGCUAGUUCUUCAGGUAGGCAAGUUAACGUUAGCCCGCUAGCUAGCCAGUAACUAAUCUAGCUAGCUAGCUAAAUAACUCUUAAAAUAGCCUAUGAGCAGGCUAUGCUGAAUUUGCCUUAAAUUAAUCCUGUCAUGAAAGUGGCAGUAACAACAGUUCCCCCACUGCCUGAGGAUUUCAAUAAAAUUACAGAGCUCAAGGGUAAAAACAACAUAUUGGAGAUCAAGUUGGAUGAGACCAACAGAGUUCUGAAAUUUUCUCAGACCAAAGAGAAGUGCUUGAUUGAGGAGCGAGAUGGGAUGUUGGGGACAGUGAAGGGACUCCAGCAGACUCUACUGCAGCAGUGUGACCUCAGAGUGGAGAAUGAAAAGUUGAAAAGCACUGUGUCAGACCUGAAAAGGCAGAAUGAUAGGACAGUAGAGGAGCGGGAAGCUGAGAUUCAGAGGCUGGUGGCAGAGAUGAGAGCUGUGGGAGAGAGAUAUCAGAAGGAGAUGGAAUCUCUGAGAGACCAGUGCAGGAAAGGGGUGGAGGACACUCACAGAGAAACACAAAGCAAACUUGAGGCGAAAGAUGCAGAACUGAAAGAGGCCCUGGAGAGGAAGGAGUCAGAUAUGGCAGAGAUGAGAAGGAGAAUGAGGGACCAGGAGAGAGAGAGGCAAAGUGAAAUAUUAAAGUUACAAAUGGAGUUUGGUGCUAAGCUUGCCAGGGUGCAGAGUACCACACAGAGGAUCCAGCAGCAGCCCCAGGGCUCAGGUCUUUUACCUCAGAACAUCUUCAAACGGAAGUUCCAGUUCCUUCAGGAGGAGAAGAACAGAGAGGUAGAGGCCCUGCGCCAGAGAAUCAAGGAAUUGGAGAAGCAGCACGCCAGCGGAUUCAGUGACUCCCGUCUAAAGAGAAAGAAGAUUUAGCAUAUUUAAAAUAUGCAGGAGUGAAAUUCAUCUACAGUAGUGCCUUUGUAUUCUUUUUGGUUUAGUGUUCCUGGUGUUUGCUCUCAAACAGGAGUUGGGUCAUUCUACGAAAUGAGUGCUUUUUCAUUGUUUAAAUAGAAAUUGUGCACCAAUAUUGCAUUUUAAAAGCCUGUUAUAUUAAUUUAAGUGCCCUUUAAUAUAGACCACAUGGAGAAUUCAAUAAAUCAGAUUUUUUUUAUAUGAGUAAAGACUUGCACCCUCUGUGACUUCUAGGAAAAUCUUUAAUCCACUUAAUCUCAACAUUUCGGCACAUUUUCACCAUCAUUGUAAAGCCUUAGUUAUUAUGUUGCUUUGACAAAGUAAUUUCUGAAGAGUAUUAUUUAUUUAAUGUGAUUGGUGAUUAAUUUACAUCUGUCCCUCAUUUUAUGGUCAACACUGUUACGUGAACUGAACUCUUGUUUUAAUGUGGUGAAACUUUUUACAUUUUUAUUUUCAAACGAAACUUUGAACAUCUAAUAGUUCAACCAUAGUGUAAAAGCAGGUGAAUUGGUGCUGCAGACAGAUAUAUUUGUCAGCUAAUGCAGGACUAUUAAAGGUCCAGUGCACUACCUAUCGUGAAAAAAAUAUUGCGAUUUUUCAGAGGGUGCUGCAGCACCCAUACUUCCCGUGACUAUGCACAGGGGCAGUACACCUGAAAACCAGGGGCUGCAGCUGGGCAACCUAUUAGAUUUACUGUUAUCUUUUUAUAUGUGGUGUGCUGUGUCUGAAGGGAGCAGGCUGAGCUAAUCUCCCUCUGGGAACACCCCCCUGAUCCUCACGUCUCUCGCUACAAUCAAGAGGUAAACCUUGUGUGACACGGACAGCACUUUGGUUACAUAGAACUAGUGUUCUCUAACCUACAGUCAAGACCAAAGGGUCCAAAAAUGCACAUUCCUUCACCUUUCUAAAACCCUAGUGCAGUGCACAUACAGUACCAGUCAAAGGUUUUUCUUUAUUUUUACUAUUUUCUAUGUUGUAUAAUAAUAGUGAAGACAUCAAAACUAUGAAAUAACAUAGUGUAAGUGCCGAAAAAAGUUAAGCAAAUAAAAAAUAUUUGAGAUUC